AUGCUAUCCGUAGCAUCACUCCUCAACCCUGUCAAAACAGAACCACGAGGCACUCGACUGCCAUCAAGUCCCUCAUCGUCGCUGCGUACAUCGUCUUCAAUUCAUGGUAGCCCUCAGCUAACGACUCAGUCUUCCUUCAAGAAGCAGAAGAUGACUAAGGACGGGGCCAUCUUUGCUAAGGGUAAGAUUAAGGGCGAGGUCAAUUUCCCUCCGUUUGAACGGUUGGAUGAGGAAACCAUGCGUGAGGUUCAGAAAUUCCAAGUGUAUCCGCUUGUCUUCCAAUACGUCUUCAAGGUUCCCGGAGACGAUAAGGAGUACACGGUGAUGUGGGACUACAAUAUUGGACUCGUUCGCAUUACCCCCUUCUUCAAAUGUUGCAAGUAUUCCAAGACUACGCCCGCCAAAAUGCUCAACAUGAAUCCUGGACUGAAAGAAAUCACCCACAGCAUCACAGGAGGAGCUCUCGCAGCCCAAGGCUACUGGAUGCCCUACGCCUGUGCGCUUGCAGUCUGUACAACCUUCUGCUCUCACAUAGCAGGCGCCCUAAUCCCCAUCUUCGGCCCAACCUUCCCCUCGCAAUGCGUCCCCCCCGAAGCCCCCGAACACGGCCGAAUGAUCAUCGACCCGCAGACCGUCCUCGCCGCCACCGCCGAAGCCGAAGCCUACCGCAUCCAAUACAGCAGCAGCAGCUUCACGCCCAAGCGCGACAGCUACUCGCCCCAACACCCCAUGAUGCGAAACAACAAUAACGACUCCAUGCGCACCACGCCCCCGAACCUGGGUCGACGUCUACGGCUCAAGCGCGCAUUUACGGGCGAGGUUCCCUACGGAUUGAACACGGACACGGAUCUCGACACGAAUGGCAGCGAGGCGAGCAGUGGCGAUGGGUACUACUGUUCGCCUGGAACGCCCGUGAGUGCGAACAGCCUCUCGCAACCGCACAUCUGGCAUGCGCACAACAUGGUUUCGCACAGCGCGAACUCGUCUCUGAACGUCUCGCCGCCGUUCAAGACGCCGAAUCCUAUUCUGAGCGCUAUUCCGCGAUCUACGGGGCUGGCGGAGAUGCAUAUGGGGAGUGUUUGGCGGGGAGUGGCGAAACGGAGGGUGGAUGAGGUGGAUGCGGAUGAUGAGUAUGAUGGCGAGGAGAGUGCUACGAGUGUCACGGAUGAUAAGGGGAGUGCUGACGAGAAGGGCAGUGAUCGGGAGAUGGAGGAUGUCAGCAGCAAUGGGGUUGGAGGUGCAGAGAAGAAGGCCGCUUGGCUUCUGAUGAAGCUUAGUGUCAAAGAUGGAGAGUGUGGCGUCGAAGCCGCAAAGGAAAAGGAGGACGAGGGUCCACGGAUCAAGAGAAGACGAGCUACAUCGAUGUGAGCGUAGUUUGUCGUCAC